CACAUGGAGCAAAAGUUAGACAAGAUGGCGGGUUUUACGAAAAUUGUACAUUGAAAUUUCUCGUUUCUGUGGAUAUUUUUCAUCAACCAAAGUUAGUUUCAAGAGAAAGCAGCAUAGUUUAGCGUUUCCUUCCUUCGAAAUGUCGUCGAGUUUUGGAGACCUGCUCCAGCAGGCCGAACAGUUGACAGCGGACAUGGACAGUGGCUGGGAGCUUCCGCGAGUGGAAAGGAAUCUUCACCAACUCGCCGAGGCGGGCCAGAGAUUGUGGACGCAAACUACGGGUGCUGCUGGAGAUAACGCUGAAGUCAAAGCGUAAGUAGUGUCGGUUUGUGUUACAGUAAGAUCUAAAGAAAUGAUCUAUUACGAAGCACAAACGUGGCAAGUGUGUUAGUGGGAGCUACUUAUCGUAUUUACUCGAAUAAACGCCGCUUUAUUAGGCUGAUUUUGCUACAGAACAGGAACGUCGGAAAAGCGCGCAGAAAGGACUAAAUUUGAAUUCCGGUGCCCAAUUUGCCACUCUGCUAUUUGUCAAGCCAAGUUGUUUGAUUUGUGCAUGCAGUUGUCAACUGACGUUCCAAUUCUGUUGUUAAAUCAGCUUGAUUUUACUCCUUAACUGUGGCAUUUACUCGAGGGUGGCAUUUGUUUAAAAGUUGGACACAAUAAAUAAUUUUAGUAAAAGCCAACUAGUGGUUUACAGGGUUUGCAAAUUUUAUUGAUGAGUGGAGUCACUGUGACUUCUGCUUCUCAAAUUUUGGAGUCAUUUUGGAAUAUUUGGAGUCAAGUAUCACAACGAAAAAAGCCAUUUUCAGACUUCCCAGCACGUGGUCCUGGCAUGUAUACACUAUUGUGAGGGAUACAUGAAGUAGCUGUGGCGGUCCGCUGACCUGGAAAGCUCAAAUCCAUGAUGGCGGUCAUCAAGUAAACUUUGAUCGUAAUUUACCCCCAUCCCGUUUUGUCGUGCAGUAUAAUUCUUUAAUUUUGAUGAUUUAAAUAAGGUUUAAAACGUUUAUAAUUAACGUAAAUUGUAUUUGUUGCGAAAAAGGUAGGGACAAAACUGUGUUUGUUACCGAAAAUUUCUGGAGUCGAAGCGACUCCCUCCGUAACCUCUGUGGAGUCAUCAGAAAAAUUUUGGCGUAAAAUACGCCAAAUUUGGCGUAUUUGCGAACCCUGGGUUUAUUAUCAAUGCUGCAUUCUGAUUGGUUGAGCUACUACUAGGCUAUAUGUUAUAGCCCACCAGUAGCGAAAAGUGCCAGCUUUGAAAACCAAAACAAUGGCGGCUGAAUCGCGUUUUGCUAGCUUAAGUUGUUUUGUCUUGAUAUUUUUGACCAACAAGUUGGAUUUUACUAAAACAAUUAUUCCUCUCGCCCUCAUGGCCUCUGAGUCAAUAGCCCAUUCGGUCUUCGGCCUCAUGGGCUAUUGACUCAGAACCCAUUUCAUAUUUUAUAAUUUACUGUAAAUGUCAUUGCAGAUCAAUUUUACUGGGCACCAAAGGCUUUGAUGUCCCACGACUUUCAGAAAAACUUGAUCGUCUGGACACAGCUAAGACAUUUGAGCCUCUUGAGCCUGUUAGAGAGACUGAUAUUCAGGUAAACAAGUCAGCAGUUUAGGUCUUUGAAUUGCUUUACUCUAAAAAUGUGUGAGUGAGUUUUAUGUCAUAAGAAAAAAAUAAAUCACGCCUUGACCCAUGUACCGUACAUGACUGUAUACCUUCAAAAAUAUACUCUGCACCUCACAAAAGCUCACAAGUUCAGACUUGUUGACCUUGACAUCCAUUUACAUGUGUGUACUAGUCAGUGUUAAUGUCUCUGUGUCUUGAUUUUCUUACAGGGGUUUCUUCGAAAUGAGAGAGAAAAUGCCAUCUUAGCUGCCAUAGAGGAAGCUAGAAAAAAUGUAAGUUGAAAUUUCUCUUUUACCGCUAGAGGUAGGCAAGCUAUUAGCUGCAUGAGAAUGGCAAUUCAUCAGAGUAACACGAGUCCAUGGCGUGGGGACCUACGCAACCACCUUCCCAUGUUUCCGGCAUAAAAUAAGGUUACUAACAUUAACAUAAGGCACUGAGUAAUUCUAUGAAUUAUUCGCUAUACCGUGCAUUAAUUUUAUGUUUGUGAUACUCUAUGUUAGUAUGCUGUAUAUGUUGUGGUUCAAUUUUAUCCUUGGUUUAAAUUUUAUUUCCCUUUGUUUUUGGGUAUGGUUAUGUAUGAUAAUGAGUUUGAAACAAAGGAAAAUAAAUUUUAAACCAAGGAUAAAAUUGAACCACAACAUAUAACAAGUUUGCAUAUUGUGUAAAGUGAGUUUUUUCAACUUCAACUGCAUGUACCCAGAAAAAGUACAGUGUAACAUAAUUUUCUGGACACAAUGACACGAUUAUUAAAGCUAAUAAUAUUAUGCGUGUGAGUUAUUAAGACAUGAUUGAAAGUCUUGACUUUCAGUCCGGUCACUUUCUUCAUACGGUCAUCUUUUUAUGACUUCUAGUUUUACCUCCAGAAAAAUGUGCUUCAUGUAUAAAGCAUGAGACGCAGUGUUUCAUCACCAGAUGAAACACUGAGAAGAGAGUUGAAAAUACGACAUACAGUGGAGUAUUUUUGACGAACUUCAAGGUGUCUCAUCUGGUGAUGAAACACUUUGUUGAAUGCUUGAUAUUGCUUCUCAAACACAGUGAUUUAGAACAAGAAAUUAAGGAUGCAAAUAUCAACAAUUAUUUAUCUGAUUUCCAAACACUCAUUAAACUUUAAUUUCCUUUGUGUUAUUAUUUAAUGAGUUUGAGAAGUGCAGUUAAAGCAUUUUCUUUUAUUCUGUUGUUAACAAUAAGACAUUCAACCAGGCUGAAAGGCACCAGUGGUCCUGCAUGGAAAAUGAAUGGGAAAAGGAGAAAGAGAAAAUCCUGAAUUCACUUCUGGGAGCAGGGCAGGAAUCAUUAGACUUUGCUGUGGAGACAGAGGUACGUGAACAUGUAUGUUAUUAGUGUAUUGUUACAAUUCUCUUGUGAAAUGUUGCACUGUAAGUUGUGGUCCUUUCGAAGAUAAUGAAAAGGUAAGUCAUAGUUGAAAUUUAAAGGACUUAAUCUAGUUACAUACAUAUCGUUUUACCUUUGUUCCACCAAUUGUCUGAAAUUUAUUUGGCAUACUUAGUUUUUAAAAUAAUUGUACAUGCACACUGUAUAUCCAUAAAAACUGAUACCAUAAAUUAGUAAAUGUUAUCAUCAAAAUAUUUCACUCAAUACAAUUUUCUGUGAAAAGUAUAAGCGCCCAACUUGGUUUCUCAUGCACUGCAGGGACGGGGGCCUGGAGUCUUUAGCGUGGAGGGAGAGAAACUUGCCUCCUCCCAAACUGCCCCUGCCCUCCUACAUGUAUAAAGUAGAUUUGUUCUUGUCAUAGUUUUGUAGCCAUAAUGCAUGUUAAAACCAAAAUAGUUAUGACAAAAAGUUUGUCAUAGUUCAAUACCCUUGUAAUAACAACAGAGCCACCCACAGCUGUAGUAUAUGUUUUUGGCAAUAAAAUGACAAAAUAUGGCAAAAAGAAACAGCAGUGAUUGUAUUGACAAGAAUCCCACUUGAAAUCAUUCAAUCAGUACACACUGCAUUCUUCUUUUCAUUGUUUUGGUUUUAUUCUGUAGGUGUUUACCACAAGUUCAUUAAACUUACAAGGGAGGAGUGCCCUUGAUGCGACUGAACUAGCCUAUGCCAGACAGGUAAUAUUGAUGUAAGGCCUCCUGUGGGCAAAUAUAUUAAUAAAGAGCUGGUUUAUUGGUUUUGGAGAAAUGUAAGACCAAAAGAUAGGGCUGGGAACCAUUUUUUCUGCUGAAUGCUCGCAGUUAAUUUCUCUUUGAGCUCAAAAUCCCUCAUGCUCAAGAAGUUCGUGGAAAAAAAAUAAUUAGCGAAAAAAUAGUUACUUUAUCCUGUGAUAGUGAUAUAAUAAAUGACGAUUUAAUUUACAGGAUAUAAAGAAAAAACUUUUUACACACAAACUUUUGAUACCAUCGCAGAACCUUUAUCAGGUGAUGGAUUUGGGCAACAUUGAACAGAUACGCUGGUUACAAGCUCCCCGCAAUCUAUCGAGACGUUUUGUCACGUGAUUUACAGUAAAGAUCACGUAACAAAAUGCCCAAAUCCGUCAAUCAAAGAUUCAUUCAUAAGGAUUCCGCGAUGGAAUCAAAAGCUUGUGUGUAAAAAGUUUUUUUUUUUCCUGUCCUGUAAAUUGAAUCAUCAUUAAUAAUAAAUUUUCACAUAUAAUAAAUUUUAUUAUAUGAAAAAAAUUAAAUGCAAGAUCAUUUGGGACAAAUUUGGAGCAGCUCCCCUAAUCACCUUGUUAGAUGAAUGUGCUUGCUGGAGUAACUAACUCGAGGGAUUUAGAGUAAAACAAUGAACUGUAAGCAAUCUUUAUUAUGUGAAACAGAGGAACAAAUAAUACUGCAUUACAUCAAAAGGUCAUUGGUUUUCUCUGUCUUCUUGACGUUAUUACUGGGGAAGUACAAACCUAAGAACUCAAGAUAGCCAGCAGAUAAAAAUAGUAUUUCAUGACUUGAGCUAUCAAAACAAGAGGUGUAAUCCCACCCUUUCAAGACAAAAGACUGUAGGCCUUGGACGGUGUGUAGACUGCAAAUUUGCAAACACUUUUAUGUUACAACCUGGCAUAUUGAAUCUGCUAGCCUUAUUAGUUUAAUGUUGUUUUUUUAUUUAUUUUGUUGUAGAUUUAUGUUCACAAUGAAGCUCUCAUUCAAUUAGCAAGGCACAAUGUGGUUGAUGGAUUUCUUGAAAUAGUAGACAGAUUUGAUGAUCCAGUAAGUAAACUCGAGGGAGACUACUGACUUUGACUGAAUGCAUAUUUUGCAUACUGGUAUUUCUAAGUGAAAUUUGUUGUGCAAAUUAACCAUGACUAUUAUGCACAUGCAAUGUACACAGUGGCAGAUCCUGGGGAGGGGCCUGCCUUCCCCCCUUAUUUUUAGACCAAACUGAGGCCCAAAAAGCCGAAAAAAAUUUUUGGAGACUAGCCCCCCCCCCCCCAUUGCUUGGCCAGACCGGGGGGGUGGGCGCUCCACCCCCUCUUGUCUAGACCCCACCCGCCGCCACAAAUACCUGAAAAAAGUGUGGUGGACCCCCCCCCCCCCCCCCCCAUUGCUUUUUCUGAGGAUCUGGAUGAGCAGAGCCCUUCCCCCCCACCCCCCCAUCCCCCCAUCCUUUUCUGAAGGUCUUGAUCCACCACUGGUGCAUGUACCUGAAGUAUUACUACAGUCAAUCACGUCAGGUAGAUUAGGUCCAGACUAAAAUGUACUACUGUGUAAAAGUUACUGUUACAAAACUCUAUUAAGCCACAGGAGUCAGGAAGGGGGGUUAGUUACAAUGUGAUAAUGUUUCAGGCGUAAUAGAGAAAGGGGUCACUCUUUUCUUCAUUCAGCAGAUUGACCUCACAUCCAGUGCCUUUGAACACAAAAAAUGUUGUUGUUGAAUUUUUCCUCCAUCAACAUUAAUAUUGCAGCAAUGCAGACUGCUUGCCUUUUGUGGCCAGUGGUUUUGAGAUUCAUAGAAUAUGUGCCAUGUUGCUCUAAUGUAUUUUCUACAUGUUUGAGGGUUUAUUUCACUGGAGGGGGUUUUAGAGUGACAGAGGUCUUACAUGUAUCACAAAAACCAACUCCCAAUCAAUGGUUUUGAGUUGAUAGACAGAGGGGGUAUUAAAAGAGCUUUUAAGUUAUUAUAUGUACUGUAUGCUCUCUACCAAAAUGGGUCAUUUAAUGCACAAUGAUAUUUGUUGAUUGUACUACAACAAUUAUUGUAGUCUACUAGUUUUGUUUAUGGCAUAUUAUCAUUCUUAUUGAUGAUUUAAAUACCCAAUACUAAUCAUGCACAUUGCCACACAUUUUGCUCAUUAAUUUUGUUUUAAUAUAAUUUUGAACCAUUUAGAUUAUCAGAGAUAUGUGGAUCUUCAUUAAAGAACUUGGUGGAGAGCUUCAAAAGUCUCAAGUGUCCUCUCUGACCAUGGCUGAGAAAAUCAGGUGAAAAUCUUACCGUCAUGUAAUAAAUAUUGUUGUUACAAACAGAUCAAAAACGAAAAUGCCGCAUCAGUAUCAUGAGACUAUGUACAUGUAGUCACCUCCAAUACACCUUUUUACUGAUAUGGCAGCCAUAUUGAAUUAAUUAGAUGUAAGGAGUAUUAUGGGAUGCUCAGGGCAUGAGCAUGAUCUGAUUAACUCUUUCAGUAUUUACGCGCUCUUUUCGGGCAGAUUUUUCUUGAAGUUUUCCUACAAAGUAAUUGUAAUGGGAAAAAAAGAUCGUUUUGCUGUAUUUGGAUGUAAUAUUGAUUGCCUUUUUCCUUGGAAAUAUACAGCAAAGUUCCCUUUUUGGGUGUAAAUACUGAGUGAGUGCCCCCUGGGCAUCCCAUAAUACUCCUUAAAUGUAAUAAAUUUCAAUAUGGCUGCUGUAUGGUAUAGGUAAAAAGGUCUAAUCUUUGGAUAUCUCUCUAUUAUAAUCAGAUCGUUUGGAACCAAAGAUACGUGUACCAACCUGCAUGCAAUCAUACCUCUGUAUGUAGAUGUUUUAGAUAAAAGAGUUUCCAGGUUAAACCAGUAUGUCCCUAGUGUCCUAUGAAUAACUACAUGUUUACCACUUUCUCAUUUCUGAUCCUUGGAUUUAAAUAAAAUUUAUUUCAGAUUUUCACUUGAUUUUCAAGUCGCAUUUAUAAGACUAGCCAGAAGUUUCCUGGAAAGAAGGUAAAAAUACAUUUAUUUAAUUUGAAAAUACAGGUGUAACAGUCAUUUAUGUUAAAAAUCUUAUUUUGAUUUUGAUGCAUGGUUUAACUGACUGAAGUUAUUCAUGAAUUUAAUCAGCAUGCAAAGAAAGUAGUGUCCAAUAGCCCAGGGCUAGUGGAUAUUGCUAUCGGGCUAGUGAAUUCUGUUCUUAACUCGCCCAACGGGCAAGUGAAGUAUUUUGAGGAAUUCAACUUGCAGGCUAUCGGACACUGCUUUCUUUGCACGCUGCAAAGGUCAAGAUUUUACGUUAGGAGAAUCAGUCCAGAAAUUAUUUUAUUGUGAUUCUGGGAAAUUUAUUAAUAUUGCAGAGAAUGAGGGAAACUUGAUUUUUUUCCCUUUGACAUUAUUAUUACAACUGUCUGGAGGUGUGUGUAGACGAGCGGUCAACACCUAUAACUCGGGAUCUGGAUGUCCGGGGUUCAAGCCUCACCCGUUGUAUUGUUUUCUUAGAUAACUCUCAUUACCCAGGUGUAUGAAUUUUUACUGGCCUUUGGCUCGUGUGCACUGUUACCUUUAAUUAUUUUGACAACAGUUGCAAAUGGGGGCUAACAGUGAACAUUAACAAAUUAAUGUACUGGUAACAAUGUAUACCAUAUUUCACUUCUUUGUUUAAAAAUAUUAAACUUGUUUGCAAUACGUUUGGUGGUAAGCUUACUUUCGGUCAUGAAGUUUAGAGUAGCGUUACUCACUUUUGUUUUAACACACAUUGACGUCUCAUCAUCAAGUCUUGCUUUUUUCUCAGAUAUUUGAAGUUUGUCCAGGAUACUGUGUAUGACAAUCUACAACAAGCUAUGUUAGGAGGUGUUCCAGGAACAUUCCAUUUAGUCAAGAGUUUUCUUAAGAUUAAACUUCCACCAGUACUACAAGGAUUGGAGGUGUGUUUGUAUAAUUAUGCAUGAAUGACCCUCAUGCCACUACUCCCCCACGUCUGCCUCACAUCACUCCUCUCCACUCCUUAUCUCAUCUCCUGCCACAAGUGUUUGCAAUUUAGAGACAUGUAAAAGCCAUUACACAUUUUGGCCUCAAAUAUGCCAUCCUUAUGGCAUUAUAAAAGCAAAAUUUAAUUUUUUAUCUUAAGAGGACAUAUAAUAUUGCUCUGAUAUGAGUGUUUCUAAUGGUAGCUCUGUUUGUUUUACGUUAUUUGAUCUUCGUGACUAUGUGCCUCUUUUUGCGAUUCAUAAGCACUAGGGUGUAAUGCUAACAAUACCACAUCAACCAAUUAGAGCUUCUGGCCAGAUUGUGGAUAGCUCUGAUUAUUCUCAUGUGAAACAGCUAAUAUGCAUCAAGUUUUUUAAUUGUGUUUACAAUAGAAUAAUAAAAUAAUAUUGAUGAACAAAAUUCUUGUUUUUUGUGUGUGCAUUUCAAACAGGAUGGUGAAAUUGAUGGAACUCCUUUGUGGCCUUUAAUUUAUUAUUGUCUGCGAUGUGGGGAUGCAAGGGCUGCUUUACAGGCAGUGAAGCAUGUACCGUUAGUAAUUAUUUUGAAUGAUUUUAUACUUAAUGGAACUGUUCAGAUCAUGGUCUUGGAUGAAACUGUGGGAAUUUUCCUGAUAUGUAGUUUGUGAAGUAUUCCUUGCUGCUCAUAAAUUCAAUGUGUCUCUCACUCUGUCAUGACAGUAAACUUGACAAUAAGCUUUAGAUCAUAAUUAUGAAAGAGAUGAUCUUAUUAUCAUUUUCUAAUAAUAAGUAUUACAUUGUUGCAUACAGUAGUCAAAUAAAAUAGUUAAACCUCCUGUAAGCAACCACCCAAAAUGUGAAGACUUUGUGGCCACUUGAGGGAUCAGACCUGGUCGUUUUUACCAGAAUAAAACCUCAGGGGUCUCUUGUACAAAGAGAUCUGCACACAUCACACAUCUACUUUAUGGAAAAAGGUUCAUCUUAUACUCAUAUAGCAUAUUACGUACAACGAACAUAGAGAUCAGAGUAUGCAUCAAGAGGUUAAAAGCAGGGGAAAAUAUUAAACUGUCAGCCCUGAAACGUGGUCAUGAACGCUUAGAGGGGGUGGUCAUUUACAAGAGGUUUUAACUGUAAGGUUUUGACCGGGAAAACUUUGGUGUUUUGGAUUGGUGGUCACUUAUGGGAGGUGGUUGCACAUGGUGGUUUGACUGUAAAAGCAUAUUAAUGAGAAACCCGUUUACUUGUCUUUAGCAGUUUUUGUUUCCCUUGUAUUGCAGGCAGCAUUUAGGAGAAUUUAGAGACCUAUUUGCUGAGUACAUGAAGAGCAAGGAAGGAAGGUAAUAUAAAUAAUAUUGUUUUUCAUUGCAUUGUACAUGUAGUUGUACUACCCAAUUCAGGACAGCUUUAUGAUUUAUUUAUUUUAUUUCAUUCUUUUAUGUAUUUUUAGUUUUUUGUAGUGUUGUAGUGUUUAUCUUUCCUGUAUGGCACAUAUAAGUCUUGUUAUAUUAGUCACCACAUAACAGCCUGGUCCUGAAUACUGGAUUCACACUUUAAGCUCUCCUUCUUUAUUACAAUGUAAGGCAAACUGAAUGAGUUCAAAGAAUGUCUCCAAGCAGUGUCCUCUUUAAAUUUUAGCUCAGCAAGUGAGGGACCAUUCCUGACCGGAAACUCAAAGGAUAGUUUUAAAGAAAUGGAACUUACCCUGUCAAUAAUAGAGUUCCAUUCAUGUAGCAGGGUUCUCAGUAGAAGCCGGCAACCGGCGAAUUCCGCCGCCUGUUGAGACGAAAGUAGCCGGCUGUUCUGGCUAUGAAAUUUGCCUUUGUGCGCGAUUUUUUUAAAAAUAAAGUAUGAAUGGGCAUUCAAGAAGUAUUCUCGAAUUUUCCGCUAGGAACCCACUAACGCGCUUUCAAAUUGAGUCUACUACAGACUACUGUCAUAAAUUGUUCUACGGUUCUACGGUUGUCACGAUUGGCCUGCGUGACCAAAGUUUGUGCACCAAAAUGCAGGAAAACCUAUCUCUGCGAACCUAGAAUUUCAAAAUUUUCCGGGGGGGCAUGCCCCCAGACCCCCCUAGUAGCUCGGCCCUAUGGGCCUGGCCUCAGCCCUCCGGGCUGAAGUUUAGCCGCCUAUAAGUAAUUCUGGGCCGUCUGACAGAAAACCUACUGAGAACCCUGAUGUAGUAUUCUUUCAAAUGGGUGUUACCAUAAAAUAUUAAUCUUGAUUUGUAAGAUUCUUCAGAAUUGUUAGCCAGAUUUGGUUAAUGGAAUGGUCAAUUCAAUGUAAAAUUGUUGUAGUCCGGUGGCUUAGUGCAAAAUUAUGGCGAGAUCUAUACAGAGCGGACAAAAGCACCAAACUUUGCGUGGUUGUAGCUUAGGGUAUGUUAGUCAAUAUUAGGAUCGGUGCCCACAGCUUCCUCAUCAGGAUUUGCAGCAACUGCUCACUGAAGUUCUCCAACAACUUUCCAUGAUGGGUGCCCUGUGGUGAAAAUUGCAAUCACUUGUUUUUUGCCAUUUUUUGAUGAAAAUCACAUAAAAAGGGAAGUAGAUGGAAAAAGAAACUGUAUUAAUACUAUUAUUAUUGAAACCAAUGACUAAAACAAGUCGACUUAAUGAUAUAGCAAUUAUGAUGUACCAUGGUGGGUGCCCUGUGCUAAAAAAAUUAAUUCCUUUUUUUUGUCAUUAUUUUGAUGAAAAUCACAUGAAGGACAUAAAAAUGAAAAAGAAAUUGUAUUUUUAUUGAAACCAAUGAAAAAAGCAUGCCAACUAAAUGGAAAAUCCAAGGAAGAUGUUUUCAGACGCGUACUCAGUCCCAAAUAGCCUUUCAAGGUGGCGGGUGUGUCUUUUCAUGGACUGUAAGUAUCUACUAGAAUAAAUUGCCAUUUUUUAGGGGAAAUUGUGUACAAUUUGAAUCACGACAGGUUUAAGUGAAUUUUAAGUUCUUCUUGGUGAUAAAUUUGUUAUCGAAAGCCACAUUUUUUCUUCACAUUUUGAGCCGAUUAUGAAUGACUAUACUGAGUUUAUUUUCGUACUGGUUAAAAUUAAUAAUAGUAAAAAUGGCUUCUUUCUAUAGCACUCAUAUCCUGAGCACAUGGUGUUUAACAAUGUUAAAGAGGAAAAAAAAUUAUAUCUCGAGAAUGAAAUAACAUAUAUUAAAAUCUAUUUGCAAUUCACAAAGAACAAGAGAAGGAAACAAGAAUUCAUCUAUUUUAAAAUUAUUUUGCCUUUAAAGUUUAUAUAUAAUGAUAAGUCAUGCAAAAAACUAAAUAUACAUUCUAUAAGUAUAGAUAGAUCUGCAGAUAUUAAAGACGUUUUACAAAAGUACUGACUUACUCUCUAAAAAUUGCGUAAAAAGAUAUGUUGUCAGUCCUUUCUUUCAACUGGCUAAAGAUGGUGACUUGUGCAAAUCUAGCUAAUGGUAGUGAGUUCCACUGUUUAGGGGGGCACACUGAAAAAGUCUUUUCCCCGUGAGUUUUCGAGGUUGGUCUAAGAGCUGCUGAGAUGCGGACCACAAGCUCCCGGAAGGCCUUUGAUAACUGUCCGCUAGAUAGCUAGGUGAAAGGUUAUUAAGUGAUUUGAAAACUGACAAAAUAAGUUUAAAAACAACAUGAUAACUAACAGGAAGCCAGUGAAGGUCAAAUAAAUGAUGUGUUCGCAAAGUUUACGAGUCCGAGUAACGAUCCUGGGGGCUUAUUGUUACCUAUCUAGAAAUAGGUCUUUCGUGUUUAUGUUUAAGAACAAAACUCACUAUUUUCAAACCUUGCUGGACACACAUGUAAUUUAUUAUUGUGGGUAUUGUCAGGUUAUUAUUAUUGUUUUCCCAUGUAAUAUGCAGUAUUCAGAUAAGCUGCCGGGCUGUAUGUACAAAUUUACCGGCAGGAAGUCAUUCAUGACCUGCAUUGAGCAUCCCUGUUUUCCAAGUCUACUUUUCUAUUUGGCCACUUUAUUGAAAAUAAUAAAAAAAGAAAAUUGUUGUUUCCUGUUCCUCUCAGACUAAGUCCAAGCUCUGAAAGCAAACUAAGGCUUCAAUAUCGACGCUCUAUCCGUACAAGUCAGGAUCCCUUCAAAAGGUAAAAAAAGAAAUAAUUGCAGCAGUCACAACGUAUAUAUAAGUUUAUUGGGAAACAAGAAUUGCUUGCAAAAGAAAUGUUCAACUAUCACAGGAUUUGUUUGAAACACCAGUAGAGCUGCUGUUUAUUGUCUUCAGUACAUUAUGGUAUGACUGAAGUACAUGUAUAUGUGUAACAUCAACUGUAAACCCCUGUCAAUUUGAAGGUGCUAUGUUAUUUUUGACCAGUUAAAGUUCAAACCACAGAGGUAAUUAAAUAUUCCUUUGCUGACCAGGGCUGUUUAUUGUUUGAUUGGUCAUUGUGAUGUGCUGUCAGAUUCCCACCAAGAAGUUGCGAAUAAAACUGAAGAUUAUCUUUGGCUUAAGGUACAUACACAUCUAUUUACCUAGUAAAGGAUUUAAAUUUAUGUCAUGAAAGGUAUUAAGACGGAAUCCUCCAGGAAAUUGAGUAAUAUUAAUUUUCAGAGGACAAAAACCUUGAACCAGAAUAAUUUAAAGAAUAUUGCAUUCUUUUUUUAUAUCAAGUGUUAGAGAUGUAAUAAUAUAAUUAGUUAUUAUUAUUGGUUACGUGUAGUAACAUGAAAGAAAUUUUCUUAGGGGAGCCCGAGAAAAGAAUGUCAAAUUUCACAAAAAUUCUGAAAACAAAUGUUAAAUUUUGAAACUUUCAUUUGCAAGAUGUCAUUUUGUGAAUUUUGGCAUUAAUUUUCUCGGACUCCCAUAAGAAAUUUUCUUUGGUGUUACUACACAUAACUAAUUACAUCUAUAGCCCUUGAAAAAUGUAAAAAAGAAUGCAAUAUGCUUUAAAUUAUUCUGGUACAAGGUCUUUGUCCACUGAUAAUUAAAAUAAUUUUACUCAAUUUUCUGAUGGAUUCUGUCUUAAUCAUUAUGGAUCAUGUGUACAAAGGGUUUAGUUUGUCAUUUGUCUAGGUUAUACUUUGCUAUGGUUUUCCCCUUUCCUCAAAACUAACAUAAAUUUUUUUUUUAACUCCUAUUUUAAUCUGUUGCCACUAAUCUUACCUAAUUAUUCCAUUGUCAUUAAUUUUAUCUUUCUUUCGAUUCUUUAGCUCAAUCAGAUCACAGUUGAUGAAGAAGAAGGGUUUCAUGACAGCCUGACAUUCCAGAGGCUACAAACCAUGUUGUUGGAACAAUUUGGUGAGAAAUUUAAUGAUGAAAAAUAUAUUUAAGGGUUUUUCAACAGCAAUAGGCAAAUGAAGGUUGUCAUCAUCAGGCAUGUCCCUACGAGUCAGCUGCCGGCUAAUUUCACCAACUGAAAAAGACCUUACCACCAGUUCAAAUUGCUCUAGAAAACAAAGAUAUGAAGUAGUUUUAAAGAUGCAGUUGAGUGAAAAAGCAGGCUUGACUAAUAAAAAAGCCUGCUUAGUUUUUUCUUAGCUACUUCCAUGAAUCUUUUUUGAGCUUGUUUUCAAAGUAGGAAUUAUUCAAUUCAUAUCAUACUCAGCCUUAUUGAAUUAUUGCCAUAAUCCAAACUGAAAUAGGUUCCUAAUAUGUACCGACCUAUGUGUACCUACUUACCCUUACUGGCGAAUCAACAAUGGCAGGUCAGCAAGGCUUUCAUAGGAGAGGGAAGUUUAAAUAAACAUUAUUCAUCCCCUGCCAUUUCCUAAUAGUUGAUAGUUGUUUCUUCAUUAGUUGUAGCCUCUCUUUAAAGCUUGCCUCUGAUGAAAAAAAACAAAAAAAUAACAACAGUAAAAUAGAUAAAUGAAUAAAAGAUAAAAACAAACAAACACUUUUCAUGACCAGGGUUUCUGUGCACAAUUAAAAAUUUUACAGUAGAAUGCUGCCUUGCAACCAACCCAUUUAUACGACCACCUGGUUAUUGUGACCAUAUUCUUUCGACCCCAACGUAAAAGUCAAUGAGUCAUUUUAUUAUUUUGAAGACCCCGUCAAUGCCACCACCUUGUAAUUAUGACCGGGAUUUUAUGGCUCAAUGGUGGUCACAUUAACAGGGAUCCAUCGUAACCACUUUGUAAAAAUGAUUAAAGGUUUGUUUGUUUGUUUAUUGUUUCCUUCACUAGGUGAAGCUCAUUUCAGUGCAUAUCAAAAGCCUCUUUUAUACUUUGAAGUGUUGUUUUUAACUGGCCAGUUUGAAGCUGUGAGUUUACAUUGUAGUGGAAACCCUAUCUUAACAAUUGUGCACUGGAGGUUUUAUAGUUUUGCAGGCUCAAAAGUAAAAGUCAGUCAGUUCAUUGACUUGGGUGUGGUCAUUAUUGUCUACAGAACUCAACUGAAUAGUCAAAAAAAAAUAAUAACAAUCAAAAAAAUUCCAUUAUCUUCUUGUAUACCUGAAAAUAAAUUAGUAACAUGUCCAAAUACUGCCAAAGACAUUUUAUUUCAAUAGUGAACCUCCUUGAUUUUGUCUUCAGAAUCGAAACUAGGGGUGUAAAGUACUUACAUUUAACAUACUGAAGUCUUAAUAGUAACAUUAAUCUUCCAAUUCAGUUCUUCAGGGCCCUGUUCCUUAAAGGCCAAUUAGCACUAAUCCAGGAUUAAAAUUUUGUUUCACUUUUUUUAUUCACCUUCCAAUGCAUUGCUUAGAGUUAAACAUUUUGUGUUAUCAUCUCUGCAUCUCUGGGCAAAGACUCAAUGGUAUUUUGUAAGCUGGCCUGGAGUUACAUGUUCUCAGACGAGAAAACCGUGCUUAAAAUUUGGCUUAAUGUUGGAUUAAACUUAACCAUCUUUCGAGGAACUGGUCCAAGAUCCACUAAAUACUGUUUUUAUUUGGAAGAAAAAUUUCAAGUGAAGUUUUGUUAAACCCUCAGCUCAUUUACUUAAUAGAGUUUUGACUGCACCUUGUGGUUUUCAACUGUUAUUACUUAAAAUUGUGAUUAUGAUCAGUUCUUCUUCCUGAACCCUUUAAGUCCCAAUAGUGACCAAGAUCAAUUUUCUCCUAACAAUAUCCAUACAAUGUCAAGAGAUAAGUUGUGAGAAUUAAUAAAAUGAUCACCUGAGAGAAAAUGCCUUGAUCUAUGAUCAAAUUCUCUCAACUAAUUUCUUAAGAAAAUGUAUGGAGAUCAGUUUGGAGAAUUUGUAUGUGGAUACUGGGGCUUAAAGGGUUAAGUUGUUACUCUGGGAUCCAUGUAGUUUGAUUUAAAUGUUGCGAUAAAAAGACCAUAAAUGUAAGCAUCAUUGUGCAGUUGAGAUGUACAUGUUGAUUUAAGGUAACAUAACGCUUGGUUUAACCUGACCCCGACUUAUCUAACUACAUCAUCAUUUCUCUUGCAGGCAAUAGAGUUCUUGUCGCGUGUCGAGGCGUUCAGGAGUCAUGCUGUUCAUUUUGCUAUUGCUCUCUUUAAAAUGCAGCUUCUCCUCUUGCCAGAGUCAACUCAGGCUCAACUCUGUAAGUAGCAUUUUACAAACUGUACCCAAAGUUUUGAUUGUUUUGAUUAAUAUUGUGAUGACUACAAUAAAAAUUAAUAACAGUUGAAACAAAAACCACCAACUUGGCAACCAUUGUAACAAAUGUUAUAGCCAUUUAUUAGUAACAGCAUAAUAACCUGCCAAAGCUCUUACUGUUUUGUUAAAUAAAGGUUCCUUCUUACAUGCAGACAGCUGUUCUAAACUCAACGUGGGAUGUGCAUUUAGUGUGCUUUUAACACUUUAAAAAACCGUGUUUAAAAAGUUAUUUUCCUCUCCACCCCAUCUAGAAAACAAUAUACUAUUAUUUUAAUACUAUAAGGCUCAAAAUUUCUGCCUUGUGAUGCUUAACAGUAUUCCUUUGUUCACAGUGACAACAGCAUCAGGGUAUCCAACUCCCAGCAGACUGUUAAAUUUUGCACGUCUCGUUAUGUCCUACACUCGGAAAUUUGAAGUGACAGAUCCUCGUGAGGCUCUCCAGUAUUUUUAUUUGUUGAGGUAAAAAAACAAACGUUCCUCUUACAGUCAACGUUCGUCUCAUGAAAAGAUUACUAUAAUGGACUCUCCAAUAAUACACACUUCAGCUAAGCAAAUCCAAAGAUGUUCUUCACCAUUAGUCUCAAGAGCACCCCUCUAAAUACCCACCCCACCCCACCCCAUCCCAUCCCCCUUAUCAUGCAUAACACCUGGCUUAUCUGAGUGACUUCAAGACUUCUUUGCUAACUACAAGUUACUUAAAAUAAUCUAAGAGUUUUUCUACGGAUCAUUCUUUGAUGAUAUGUCAUAAUGUCUGAUUGAAAUGUUGAUUAAUGUGAAUAAAGCAUUUAUAAGGAGUUACCUGCUUAUUUUUAGUAACAAUCCUUAUCUCUGUGCUGUGCAAGUCUUCGUUUUGCAUAAAAUGUUCAUAAAAGUAUGUUUAUUGAUGCCUUUAAAUAUUUUUGUUAUUUAAGAGGAAUGAAAGGUCCGCAUGGGCAUGACCUGUUUAUGUCCUGUAUCAGUGAAUUGGUAUUAGAAACUCGGGAGGUAAGUACUGUUUUUAAAAAAUAAACAUUGUUUUUUUCAGAUCAAAACAUAAAUGUCCAAGCUCUUAUUUAGUGUUGAUGUAUGUGUUGUAGUGCAAUGUAUUGUCCAUGUAUCCUUGGCUCAAUAGGCCACUUCGGAGUUCCAAAAACCCUCAGUUUCAAAUUGAGGCCAAGUGUACAACCUUUCUUGUGAAAAUAAGUUUUAUGUGCAUGAGAAUGAAAAAUCAUUUCCAUAUCAAAGGCUGAGCACUUAACUUCGUUUUGAUACAGUGGCCCCGGGAAAUGAACCAGAAAUGGCUUCUUCGUUUUUUCCUUCCUUUGGUUUAUACUCAUGAUUGCCAUUAGAGCGGUUUUCAUUUGAGUGUCGAGAAGUAAUUGGUUUUGCACUUUCUACACGAUGCGAUUGGCUUAAAAGAUUCGCGCCACCUUUUCAUCCAAUCAGAAGUAAAACCAAAGCCAAUUGUGACGCGCUCGCAUGCAUUUUCCCGCGCUUUGCGUCAGCCACAUGUAAUUACUUCGAGUUUUGAUUGGUUCAAUGUAUUGUCUGUGUCCUAUGUGAUUGGCCAGAGUAAUUACUUUGGUUUUGGUUUUACGACACUCAAACGAAAACCACUCUAUUCCUGUUCUAGAGAAAAGCUCAUCAAUACACUCUAGUAAAUACUUGCAUAUGCAGUUCACAGGGCGCCUGGCUUGUGGUGCUAAGAUGUAUUAUCAUUAUAAUUUUUGCUUCCAGUUAAUCAAUCAGUCUUAGUAAGUAUGAAUUACUCUUUCUUGCCUUUCUCUCGGUAGUUUGAAAUGUUACUUGGACGACUUGAACCAGAUGGCAAAAGGAGGGUAAAAACAGCUUUUUUAAUUCUAUUAAAGAAUAGAAGUCUUCAGCCCGCUUCUCAUGUGUAAAAAAAGAGUAUACUCGGCUAACUAAUGAUAGUAGUGUUAAAAUAUGUUUACUUUCUCUGCAAUAUAUUAGAAUAAUUGCAUAUUCAAAAAAUUAAAUACAGGAAUUCUUUAAAUUUGUAUGUUGGCUUUUUUUUUUCUCUACCGAUGUUGACAGUUUUAAUAUCUGUCAGCCAUCUUUUGCAAAAGUAGCUAUAUGGAUAAUUAUGGCAGAUUUUCUCAACGAGAAUAUACAUAUCAUCUUUGCAUUGUUUUAUAAUUAUUUUUCUUUCGGUUUUGUAGCCUGGUUGUAUUGACAAGUUUCACAAAGAUACCCAGAGCAUAAUUGAACAUGUGGCAAAGGACUCAGCUGAAAAAGGGCUGUCAGAAGAGGCUGUUAAUCUCUUUGAUCUAGCUAAGGUACACUACUGUACAGUCUGUAGGCAUUCAACUUCUGAUUUCAUAUGCAAAGUAAAAUUACAGUGUACAUGUAAUGCAAGAACUUCUUUUAUACUGUUGGUAAGUGAACUUAACUACUCCUGCCAGUUCAAAAGGCAUUACACCUUAAUGGUCAUUGUAUUGAUAAUAUUUUUAAUAAUCAAAGUAUCAGUCGGUUGUGAAUUAAUUUGUCUUGAGAAGCUAGGGUUAGUUGCAACACUGUUGUAUCGUUUUUCUGCUGUAAUACUGCAAAAGUACGCAACCGGUGGAAGCAUGAUAAAAUGAAAAAAAAAGCUAUUGAUUACAAACCCUUAUAACUUAAGGACUGAGUGCAGCUGAUACUUGUCACUAGAGGACAAAUCAAGCAUGCUGAAACUUGAACAGUUCAAGAGAUGUAUUUAUUUGUAGAGUGCUUGUGGUACUUUCUUAACUAUAAUAUGGACCUUUUUUUUACAGAGUCAUGAAAAGGCCUUGGAAAUAUUAAACAAGUUGUUGAGCCAGGUAAGAUUACAGCCGUGCCCCUUUAACUUUAUCACAUCACUGUUGGAGUAACUGGAGGUUAUAUGCUUUUACAUUUCAUCUUUGGACGGAUUUUUGUCACAGAGUUGAGUUCUAUUGUUAUGGACGUGACUUCCAGGGAAGAAAACUCAGAUUAUUAUACGUUUCUGGGAAACUGCCCAACUACCCCUCCCCUAAGCCAACAUUUUGGCCUAAGUGAGAAGUAAGUGUUUUUAUGUUGGCGUAGGGAAGGAGUGGGUGAGCAGUUUCCCAGAAACGUAUAAUGAUUUUAAAAAUCAGCCGGCAGUGUCACCGUAGCCUGCGUCGCUGACGUAAUUUAACCCCGGUUAGUAACGUACGUAAUCCUUGUUUCACAACGGUUCAACGAAUUACCGGAAAUACGUUUCGAAUUUCCUUUCAACCUGAUUGGCAGAUCGACAAUGGCUUUUUUAACAGGCCAAUCAUGGCGCGUACUCAAAUCCUGGUACACAGGUGGGGGCCUAGAACAAGGAUUUCGGGGCUGUUUAGCAGAGGGACUUAACCAGAGGUUAGGUUCGUCUGUGGAACAGGCUAGGGUCAUCGUCAAUACGCAGGCACUUGACUGGUUGUAACAUGUUUCAGUUUUUUGCCCUUUUGUUUUUUAAUUCAGGUAGUUGCUUCUCCCAGUGGUUUGCAAUCUCCACGCGAUAGACUACAGACCAUGGCUUUUGAUUUGGCUCAAAGGUAUAGCUCAGCUAGGUUUACAGUUUUUUUUGACAAUAAAGUUAGAAUUCUACUUCUGUUAUUUUGGUGAUCAUUUAUUUUUGCUGACUCCAGUGAAUAUUCUAUACCUUAAUAGUUACAAUGGGUAUGGAAAAUUGGAUCAUUGUACGUUUCUAGAAAACCGCCCACCUACCCCUCCCCUAAGCCAACAUUUUGACCUAAAUGAGAAGUAAGUGUUAAUGUUGGCUUAGGGGAGGGGUGGAUGCAACAGGCGCUCUAGCCUGCAAAGCAGGCGUAUUUUGCAGCGUAGUCCAUGAUUUUUUUUUCGGGAACACUGCUAUCGCGCCAUCUUGGAUGUUAAAACUACCAGAGAGCUGGGGCGAGUCAAACUAAUUUCAAGGGAGAGGCUGACAAGUUUAAGAUAGAGGAGGGGGAAGAAGAGGAAAAAAUUCGUUUUCCCGCCGCCCCCCCUCCCCCCCCCCCCCCCCCCCUUUUAUCAAACAAAAACUACUUUCGUCCAAACAAACCUUAACAUCACCCAACAUUCUUAAUACUAAAAAAGAACUUUUGACUUGCGUGGUUACCUUUCUUUUUUUGUGGGGGGGGUGGGUGCAAAACGUGCCUCUUCCCUCAAAACAGGGUGUUUUUUGAGCGGGGUCCCUUGUUUUUUUUUUGGGAAACCCUGUUUGCCGCCAUCUUGGGUUUUAAAAAAACCAAGGAGGGGGGGGGGGUCCAAAAAAUUUUAAGGGGGGGGGGGAAAAAUUUUAAAUAAGGGGGGGGGGAGAAAAGGAAAAAAAUUUUUUUCCCCCCCCCCCCCCCCCCCCCCCUUGCCCCUUUUUCAAAAAAGGCUGGAAUUUAGUAUCCAAAAAUCUGUAUGAACCCCAUUAUACUUUCAGAGUAAGAGUAGUUUUUUCCCAGUCGUAUGUCGUCUUCUCUCGUCACCGUCGUGUAGAGUGAGAAUCUAGAACAAGGUUUGUGCUGAAUAAAAUAAAGAAAUGAGGUUAAUUUUGACGUUGGUGAAUGAAUAUGGAAGAUGAUAAUCAGCAUGUCACGAGCAUGGAAAAAAAAAACUCGAGUCCCCGACACCGAGCGGGCGCUCUAUCCAGACUAUCCACUGAAGUGAGUAGAAAUUCAUGGCGAACAAGGCCAUAAAUAGUGGGUUGAUAUUUCACACUUAUGGUCUUGCAUGCUACUAGCACCUAGUAUAUGGCCAUGCGCUCUGUGAGCCUCUCCGUAGAUCAGUGUGAUCAAUUGAAGUUUCUGGCUAACUGACUACCUCCCCCUCUCCUAAGUCACAAUUUUACCCUAAGUGAGAAGUAAUGUAUCGGUCAAAUCGAAGCUUCAACAUGCCCCCCCCGGGCAACCCCCCGGGCAUUUGACUUUUUUGAAAAUUAUUGUUCAAAUUCCCCCCUACCCGGGCCAAAAUGCCGUUCAAAUGUCCCACACAAGGGUCCAUUCAGGUGAUCAAAUGCCCCCACCCCCGGGACAUUUCACAGGCACAAAAAUGACAGAAGGACAGCGGAAACGCCUUCAGCUGUCGAACAAAAUCUUUAUAAAUAUAACAAAAACUGAGCAACACUGUUAGCUUAUUUACUACGAACAAAAGUCUCGUGCAAAGCGGCGGAAAUCGCUGCUACCAGGUCACUGAAUGCUCAGCUUUUCUUUGUCAGGCAACAUACAAAGCAUUCUAUAAAAAAAGAUCGCACCCAUUGAGAUUAACAUACUUGCAGUAGGUCAAAGUAGUUGACCGUUUUAUUUUAUUUUAUUUUAUGUUGUUGUAUAGAAUCGCCGGUAUUGGUAUUGUAUUUCAUCGUAACCACAACAAUAAAAUACAUUCAUACAUUUAAAGCCUGAAUCCAAUAUUAAAAAUUUUAAAAUUUAAAUACUUCAAAUACGGCACAAAGCUUGUUUAAGCCCUUUCCUCGUAACCAAUUGGCCAUGAAGGCACAAUUUUUUCCACGAAAAUCCUCUAACACCGCGUCCCCAAUGAUAGCUCGCAACGCCAAAGAUUUCACAUGAAAUCGAGGGUGCAGUUCAAAUUCCCCACCCCUAAAGCAUGGGGAUCAAAUUCCCCACCCCCUGGAAGACUCUGGUAAUCAAAUUCCCUCCUCCCCGGGACGGCAAAAGUGUCAAAUGCCCGGGAUAUGCCCGGGGGGGGGGCAUGUUGAAGCUUCGAUUUGACCGAUACAUAAGUGCUAAUGUUGACUAUGGGGAGGCAGGGGUAGGUAGUCAGUUGACACGAAACCUAAAUUGAUCCAUUUCCCGGUGAUAGCGGGAGAUCGUAGUUCUAAUUCUGUAGGGGACUCAAGUCCCACGCUCUUAGCUUGCUGAAUGUCAUUUUUCAUACGUUCUGUACUGUUGAGCUCCUUUUUUGACUUUAUAAACUUUCUGAAGUGUAGUCCCGCUCAACGUGAUUACCUACAAGAGUUGAUAUCUUGUAACACUGGUCACCGAUAGUGUUAACGCCCUUUACGCUACGCAACAGAGUUCUUACUUGGCUGCCUUGGAGGUUUUCGUUUGCUUCUGUUAUCUUUAUUGGCUAGAAUAACCUUUAGCUAAAACACAAAAAAGCUCUAAAAGAAAUACAGUGCGUGACAUGGAGCAAGGUAUUAAAGUAAAUAUAAGAAAACAUCUUGUUUUUUCCUUCUAGGUACAGAACUCUAGGACAUACAGCGAGUCAAAGUCGUAUAAGUACAUUUUACCUGUUGCUGGAUCUUAUGCAGUUCUUUGACCUCUUUCAUGCUGGCCAACUUGACACAGCCUUCGAUGUAAGUGUGACUAAAGAACAUUUACAACAAUUUGUUGUGCACGAAACUGUACGCCGGAACUAAAUAAAUAUUAGGGACCUUAUCGCUCUUCUCCACAGGCACGGGGACCAAAGAUAUGAAUUUUAUUUUCGAGUGGCAAAAUAAUAUUUUACGAACGAGACGCAGCGAGUGAGUAAAAUAUUGUUUUUGCCACGAGAAAAUAAAAUUCAUAUCUUCAAGCCGCCGUGUAAUGUUCUUUUUAUUAUAUACACAAAAAGACAUGGAUAAAAUAAUAGAGGGAAAUUACUGAAAUUACGUCAUCGAUAAACUCACGUGUGAUAUUAUGGAAAAUAAACCACUCUGGUCCCGGAUGUAGUUUUUAUGAAUUUUGCGAGUGGUAUAUUUUUCAGUAAAACACUCGUGUCUAUAUAAUAAAAGGCAGUCAUGGUUUCCCAGGUAUGAUAAUGGCAAUCUACCCGUAUUGACGGCUACCCGUACCCGUACACGGAAACGGUGUAUCUUAAGGUCGCUGUUAUUUUAUGCAUAUACCGUAGUGACUCUUCACUGUAUGGCAUGAUUGCCUUUGUCGUUUUCUUUCAUUCUGUGCCUUCUCGGUCAAGGAGCUUACAUUACAGUGCAACGAACUGACUUUACCUGGACCCGCCACCGACAUUUGGAAGUUCAAACAAAUGUUCUUGUUGUUCAUUGGGGUUGCGGCCGUUUCUCCUACGAGUCGCUUCGCCAACGUCCUGUUCGCUAACUUCUGAAGUCAUUUCUCGUACGUGCUGGGUCAGUUCCCUAACUGCUUUCGCCUGAUCAGUGGCUGAAAGAACGAGGUAUAUACAUGCGUAUCGCUUUUUUGUAUCAUGACUGAGAGAACGAAGGAUAUACAUGCGCUGUGCUUGUUUCGCUUCUUAGCGGAAUGGCAUAAGACGUUUGGGAUCAGGAAGUUAGCGAAAUGACUCAUAGGCGAAACGACUGGUCACCGUUCAAUGACGUCUUUGUCGUGAACGUGACCAGUAAUUGGCCAAUUAAUGUUGAGUGGGUAGGCCCCCAAUGAAAAUACAACCUUAAUCGUAAGACAGGUGCUAAAAUGUGGCCUGUUUUCAGCUUAAAUGAAUCUAUUGUAAAAUCUUUCGAAUAACAGCCAAUCCCUAUUAAAAGGGCGGAUAACAUUUGGCUUUAGUAAGAGCUCCUUGGACCGCUUUGGGUACAAAUUACAGUUUUCUAGGAGUCUGUUACACCAUGAACAUGCGGAAGAUAUCAAGGCACCACAGCAGUUUCUUAACAGUGCCUGAGUCUCAUGUCUUCUUUGUUUUGUUUUGUUUUUUUGUUUUUUUCCGUUGGCAGGUAAUGCGGAAACUGAAACUUGUACCUUUGGGAACUGAGUCUGUGGAGGAAAAAGUAGCCGCGUUUAGGCAGUACAACGAUGAGGUGGGCUUCGAUUUUGAAACUAAAUUAAAACCUAUCACAGACUGCUAUUGUGGAUGUUUUGAUUAGACUAGCAAGAGAGAAAACUCUGCUUGCACGAAGAUCUUGGUCAUUAAGUUGUAAAUAUAAGUUCAUGGUCUUUCUCAAUUUCUUCAUGUAGAUAAGACGAACUUUACCAGAUGUACUUCUGGCAACAAUGAACAUACUCUACACAAACUAUCGCAAUACAAGGUCGGUAUAGAAGUCUCACUUGUUUUGCAAUAAUAACGAGGAGAAGUGUGACGUCACGUUACCAUGCUAGCAAUAUUUCUGGAUGACAACAAAACCAACGACGACCCCGACGGCCAGGAGAACGGCAAAAAAUAUAUGUUCAUAUUAACAAACAACAACUUUGCACGUGCAUCACGCUAUUUUGUACAUUUCUUUGUCGUCGUUGCACCACUACGACAUGAAACUUCCCGUAAUUUCACGCUUUAUGGAGUAGGUGAACACAACACAAAAAUUUCCGCUUUCUUUUUUAAAACUUAGAUAACGAUAGAUACGGUCCAAAAGAAAAUGUGGCCAAGAUUUGCCAAAUUAAAUGAAAUUGAAAAAGAUCGGUGAAGUUUGAAAUAGUGCGAAUAGACUUUUAAAGGGCGUUAUCGAUUUGUUGUCAUCCAAAAACUUUGUUACCAUGGCAACGGGACGUAACGACUUUCCCUCUCUAUUGAUGGUUGAUAAAUUAUGAAGAUGAUCACUAAUUUAUUCCCUUCAAUUGCAUUUCUUCAGGGGCACUGGUCAGAGCCCUUUGAUUGAAAGUCAGCGAGAUGACGGAGGCCAGGAAAGGGUAAUAUGUUAUAUCAUUAUUGCCGGUCACGAAUGAAGGACAGUAGACAGCUUUAGAUUCUGAGACGAGGAGGAGUAAUGCUGAGUAUUGCUCGCCCGUGAACCAGCGUCAUUUUGGCGGGAAAAAGUGAUUUUUAUUCUACUACGAGUUUUAGCGAGAAUGUUGUAGUCGCGGGAACAAGUUAUCAAAUGUACGAAGUUUUGUCAUCGAGAGAGGGCUUAACCUCUUUCAGUAUGAAUAACCGUACUAACUUUUUUGGUUGAAAAAAGUAAAAUGAAGCUUUCCGAGUUGUCUCUUUUUUUAGAAAACUCGCAAAAACUUUCAGUUAAAUCCCGUACCCGUUCUCGUCCUCAAAUCUAAAGCUCUCCAGUGUCUAGCCCAAUCUUCCGGAAAAGUGCCCUAAAAUGUUCGAAUAAUGCUUUAUGCUUUUGCCUCACUAAAAUGGUCAAAAAAAUCCUAGCAUAAUCUACAGUUUGAUCCGGAUGUGCCACCACUGAGUCGUUAUCUAUUUAUUUAUUUAUUUAUUUAUUUAUUUAUUUAUUUAUUUAUUUAUUUAUUUAUUUAUUUAUUUAUUUAUUUAUUUAUUAACUGACUGACUUACUUCUUUUUUUUUCAGUAUCGACAAACUUUAAGGCGCCAAGCCCGAGCAUUGAUCACUUUCGCGGGUCUGAUCCCCUACCGUCUUCCCGGAGAUACGAAUGCUCGUCUGGUGCAGUUGGAAGUCCUCAUGAAUUAAUGCCUACUACGAUUUCUUAAAGUUCCCCAGAGACUAAACAUUUCACCGAAAACUUUUUU